AUUGGAAAUAAUUAAUUUAUUGUUAUAAUUUGAGAAUUGUAUUGUAUUUUGUGUGUUUUCAUUCAUAAAUUUACGAUUUACUCAUGCGAUCACUAUUAUUAAAACAUGUUUUGUACACUCUCUUUGAAAACGACGAAAAACGCUAAAAUGAAUUCCUCAUGCAUGUCAACCCUGUCUACUAAAAAUUUAUUAGCUACUUUUAAACGAUAAAGAGAGUUAGAUCGUCAGUUGUCGACACAGUGAGUAAGCGUACACAAGUUAAAAACGAAAUAAUCCGUGGAUUGUAUAAAGAAAAAAACAUAAUUUUAAGAAAAAAUCGAGUUUUGUUGAUUUACUUACUUAUUUUUUGUUUAAUAAAUAUUUUUUGUUUAAAUGUAAAUAUAAGUCAUCUACGUAUUUGAAAACAAGCUGUGAUUACGUAGUCAAACGCAAGUAAAAUACAAAAUAAAGUACAGAAAACCCAUUAAAAAUUAUUACAAUAAUAAAGUUUCUUAAAAAAAAUAAGCUGUAUGAAUUAAAUUUAAAUAAGUAAAAAAAAAACUAAGUUAAAAUGUCAGUGGAACAGAAAUUAACUGAUAAAAAUGUUGUGACUACAGCAACAACCGCAAAUUCGAGUUUAACAAAAACUAAUAAAAAGAACAAUAACAACAACAAUAGUAGUAAGAAAUUCAUUAAAAAAGCAUUGAAAACAUCAAAAACUAAAAAAACUACAAACACUUCUAAUGUCAACAACAACAACAGCAGCAAAAAAACGAAUAACAAAAACAGCACUAGUAGCAGCAACAACAAUGUUGAAGUGGCAAACGAUGAAAUCAUCGAGGAGUUGUUUGAUUUUAGCGAUACAGAUUUAAAAGAACUCGACGAUACAGAAACUAAAGAAGAAAUUAGCGAAAAUAACAACAACGAAAACGUAAACUCUACUACCAGUAUCGAGCUGUUAAAUAAAGAUAUUGAAGAAUUAAAGGAAGAAGAUGAAGUUGACAAAAAGUCAGAGGUGCAAUUGCAAGCUAUAGAAAAUGAUAAUAACAACAAUAAUAAUCAUAAUAACGAAGUGAAAGACGAAGAAAGGCAACAACAACAACAGGUGGGAGACUCAUUAUCGUCGAGUAUUGAUAACAUUGAUAAACAAAACGAAGAAGAACAACAAGAAGACAAUGAAUUAGCCUCGACAAUAAUAACAUUACCAACAGCGGCUACGUCUGCGGCGACUGCAAAUAUUAUUAGCGAAGAAGGAAAUAAAGAUAAUAAUAAAAUUGAUAAAAAACAACAACAACACCAACCAGAGUCUUUCCAAGAAGAAGAACAAGAGAACGAAGAAAAAGAACCCAAUGAGAAUACAUUGUUAAAUAAAGACACCACUAGCAGCACUCCCGUGCAAAUCACCAAUAGUUCUAUUGUUGACGAACUGCCACUGACUACGUCUGACAACAAUGACAACAAAAUGUCAACCUCUUCAGACACAAAGUCUAAGCAAACAACUGACGAUACUCCAGAGUCGUCUUUGGUUGCAAAUAAAGAAAGCAGUUACAAUGAGCAUGAUGAUAACAAUGAUUUAAAUGACGAUGGCGUUGAUGAUGAUGAGUAUGCCGAACCGUAUGAUGAACUACUAGUGCAAUUCCUUGAUGAAGCCAACCAGAUUGCUGAGGCUAGAUUAGCAGCCAGAAGGCAUGCCCGAGCAGAAGCUCGAGAGAUACGUAUGCGAGAAUUGGAACGGCAGCAAAAAGAACAAGAAUCUAAUGCAGAUCGGGUAUUCGAUAUGCACUCAACCGUUACAGGCAUAACACCACUGUCACACAUGCGUCUGGGUUUGGGCAGUUCGCCGGUAACUGGCUUACUAAACUCUACGCGAGGCAAUUCAAUGUCGUCGAGACGUAGUAGUGAAGAUUCACUGGAAGAGGAAGGCCGCAGUUUAAGAGAUAUACGUCAUGAGUUAAAGGAUGUUGAAGAACGAUUUCGUAAGGCUAUGAUAGCGAACGCUCAGUUGGAUAAUGAUCGUGCCUCACAAACCUAUCAGAUACAGUUGCUUAAAGAUAAACUGGAAGAUAUGGAAGAAUCGUAUUCACAAUUACAGCGUGAGUGUAAGGAAAAGACACGCGAUUGUAAUGCCUUGAAGCGAUCGUUGGACAAACUGAGUGAAGAGCUUAAACUGGUACAGGGUCAGCUGAAUGAGCGUGACACACUGAUAGCAGAACAAGGCUUAGUUAUUGUGGCAAUUGAAAAUGAGGAUGGCACUGAUGCCAAACGUGCUCUAGUCAGCGUUGAAAAUGCACAAUUAUUGGGUUCGGUACAAGGAUCAUUAGAUGUUCGACUUAAGAAAUUUAGCGAGGAGAAACAACAACUGCAGGCCGAAGUCCAGCAGUUGCAGGAGCAAUUAGAAACCUAUAAAAGUCAGGGCAAAGGUCGAGGUAAAGGCAAUUCUUCAAAUGGUCCCUUAGGUUCAGACGAUGAUGAUUAUGAAGCUCAAAGAGAAGCUAAUAAAAUCAUAUCGGAUUACAAAUAUAAAUUACAAAAAGCUGAACAGGAAAUUGCUAGUCUACAAUCGAGUUUGGCACGUUCCGAAACACAAGUUAUACGCUAUAAAAGUACAGCAGAGGCGGCCGAAAAGGCAGAGGCAGAACUUAAAAUCGAAAGGAGGAAACUACAAAGAGAGAAUCGCGAAACAAUGGAAAAACUCGAAGAGUUAGAAACAUCAAAUAAUCAUCUUCUUAAACGUCUGGACAAAUUAAAGAAUGCCAAAAGUGCUUUGCUCAAAGAUCUCUGACCUAUAUAUGGAUAUCAGCAACAACAACAGCAGCAGCGUAUGUCUCAAAAUAAUACUACAACAACAACAGCAGCAGCAACAACAGCUAAUAACGUUGAUAUUGAGGAUACAAUGGCAACAAAUAAACAAUAUUCUACAUCACCAAUUCAUCAGCAAAAUCAAAAACAGCUACAGCAACAACCGCCAUAUAACUUCAAUAAUAAAACGACAACGACGAGUACUAGAGUCAAUGCAGCCGCCGUCAACGUGAACGAUGUCGCCGGCUCUGACGCCACAAAUAAGGCAUUGACAACAACGUAUACAAAUAGUAGAAGUAGUAGUAGAAAUGGGCAUUGAGAAAAAAAGCAACAUCUAAUAAUAAUUCAAUUGGGCAUCAAGUAGAACAUGAACAAGACUUAACAGUUUAACGUUUCAAAAAUUAGUAAGAUGAAAAAAAGAAUAGAAAACGAUACAUAAUUGAUGGUGUUUGCAACAUGUCAAUAAAUGUUGUAAUUGAAAAAACAAAAUAACACGCAAUAUGAAGAAGCUUUUACAAAUAACUUAAAAAUUGUAUGUCAAAACAACAUCUUCCAAAAUCAUUAUUACACUCAUAUUUACAUACAUUUAUAGAAAUGGAAAAAAAAUUACCACACAACACAUACACACAUUUAAUUUAUAGAAAAAAAAUUAUAUAUACGAAAUAUAUAUAUAUUAGUUACAUAUAUGUAUUUAACCAUAACCAAUAGAUAUAGAGGUUUCCAAAAGCGUUUACAGAAUAUGGUGCGUAUUAUUAUGUAUGAUUGAAAAUUUGUUAAGGAGUUGAACUAAAUUUAUUGGUUAAACUAUUGAUUUUGGUCAAUCUAUUAAAUAAUCCUGGUUUAUUUAAAAAAAAUUUGGUUUAAUAGGUUGAGGAUUUACCAUUUUAGAAGUGGGCAAAUUUAACCUUAAAAAUUACAUUUGGUUGGGGAAGAAAAAGGUGUUACGAUGUUUUCAAAACCUGAAAUUUUGUCUUCAAACGUGUAUUAAUUAGUUAAUCUUGGUUAAACUCUCUAAUCUUGGUUUAAACUAAAAAUAAUUUGUUUAAUAGGUUCACUUAAAGUCAAGUAAAAAGUAAUGACGUUCAAAAAAUAGGAAAUAAAUGAACUGUCCAAAGAAAACUUACCUUUUUAUUGGGUAAUAUUUUUAAAAUGUUGCCCUAUUUUUUAACUGUUCAUUCGUCGGAAUUUUUAUCAAAUGGAAAAAAUUAUGUUCCCGUCACCGCUGUUCUGUAAAACGAGUGAUUUUAAAAACGAGCGAUUUUUCGAAUGAAAAAAAACUAAAUGAGUAUUAUUUAGAGUAUUUUCUUGGCCAAAGAAAGGUUGCCUUUUUAGGGGUUAACAUUUUUAAAAUGUUGCCCUAUUUUUUUAUCAACAUAUGAGCUUUCUUAACUGCUGUUUAAUUGUUGGCAUUUUUAUCAAAUGUAUAAAAUAAACUGCCCUCAUACAAAUAUACUAAAAUUUCACUUCUAUUCAGUAAAUCGAGCGAUUUUCAAAAACAUUAGUUAAAUGUUUCAAAACAUAAACUUCAAAAAUAUGGCCGUUCGAAAGAAAAGUAGGUAAAUAAAUGAAGUUUAAAAUUUACAAUAAUACCAAACUAAGAGCAUUUUUAUUGUCCAAAGAAAAGUUAUCUUUUUAUGGGGUAACAUUUUGAAAAUAUUGCCUUUUUUCUUAAGAACUGUUCAAUCGUUAGUAUUUUUAUCAAAUGAAAAAACGUUACCCCAUUAAGCACACCUGUUCUAUAAAUCGAUUUAAAAGAUUCGAUCAUUUUCUAGCCCAGAGAAAAGUUGCCUUUUUAUAAGGUAACAUUUUUAAAAUGUUGCCCUAUUUUUUAUCAAAAUACAAAUGCAAAAAAUAAACUGCCUUCAAACAAAUAUAAAAAAAUGUACUGUCAUCCUAUUGAUCACCUUCUGUUCUGUAAAUCGAGUAAUACAAAACGAACGAUUUUCAAAAACGAAAUAUUGAUAAUUUGGUGUUUUUGAAAGCGCCCGAUUUUGUGCAUUGUAACAUUUUGUUAUGGAAAAUGUUACCAUUUUUCUGAAAAUUUUUUAAAUUUUUCUGAAAAUGUUUUUUUUUUAAUGCUUUCACUGCAUGAGGCAAAGUAAUAAAAGUUUUUUUUACAAAAAAUGAUUAUAGCCAGCUGUAAAAAAGUUUGUUAAGCUAAGUUUGGCUAACAUGGUAAUUAUGCCUAAAAGUGAAAAAAUAUUUCCUGUUUUUAGUUUAAAAUAUGCAUGUUUACAAUACUAAUUUUAUUAAACAGUAAAUGUUAUAUUAAUUUUACACGUAUAAAGUUAAAUUUACUUUCAAGUUACAUUUUAAAUUAUAUGAUUUUAUAUAUUGAACUUUAGAUUUUAUUACAAAUCGAAAGAUUACACAAAAUUGUUCACAGUGAUAAAAAAAUACUGUUAUACACACGAUUUUCUAUAGAAAAUACUGUUAUACACAAGAUUUUUUCUAGAGAAAAUGAGUCUCGGGAGUACCAUGGUACUUUUCAAUUGAAACUCUAUCAAAAUCGAUCGUAUGAACUUUGCCAUCCCUGUCUUAAACAUUUAAAAUUCAAAAAUGAAUAGGAAGUUGAGGUUAUGUUUUCCUCUGUCUCAAAGCUCUAAUAAAUUAGAAAUUUUAAAUUCAUUCUUCAAAUUAAACUGUAAAACUCUUAAUAAAUUUUAAUUAAACAAAACUAAAAGUGCCCUAAACUAUUACAAACAUUUAAUAAACUCAAAUAAGUUAAAUUGCAAAAUUGAGGUUAUGUUUUAGAAAAUUUAAAUAAAACCUUAAUUCAUAUUGUAGUUUUAUACAUAAACAAAUUAAUAGUGUGCCAAUUCUUUAACAACUUCAAAAAUCAUUAAGUUUUGAGUUUUAAUGAUUCGAAACAGAAUUAGAAAAACAUGGGUACGAGUAAUAAAGAAAAAUUAAAAAUUUGUCGAAUCUUUAAAUCGCUACCAUAUUUCCAAUACUUUUUGAAACCUCUGUGUAAUAUUAAAAAAAAAAAAACAAAAUCACCGCCAGAAUAACAACAAUCCAAUACAUA